ACGAUUCCCAGGGAAGUCCUACACGCUAAUGACUUUAUGGAAUAAAACCAUUGAAAUACUAACUGCGUUUUUCGAUGGAAAUCUUAAAAAUGCAUAUUAUAUCAGCUUAUUUUCCGAAAUUAAGGAUGAUGUCAAAAAUUGCGCUUUAUUUAAAUGGCUGCACUGCAUAUUAAAGCCGACUGUGAGGAGCUGCAAACAAUCAAACCCACAAGUUCAUGUGCCUUCGAUUCAAGAUUCGAUUAACAUUAGAGUUAUUGAAAUAGGCCCUAUUAACAAUGUGCAGGAGGAGAAGGAACGGAAAAAGCGCAAGUCUGAGAUAGACAACAUUCUAGUACAACGCUAUAUGGUGGUGGUUGAUGAAAACGAUGACGAAGAUCAAGAGUUUUUUGUUUUCUAUGGUAGUUAUCGACUCAAGUUUCACUCCUUUAUAGGGGCUUUAGAUACCCUAUUUAAAAUUGUUCAUGUUUUUAAUUUAAAGUAUUCAGAAGAAUCUUAUUGGGUAUGGAAUCUUAUUUUGACAUAAAUUGUCCAAGAGACAAAAUGAGUCACUCAGUGAC